UCCCCAGAACCCACCCUCAAGCGAACCCAACCAACAACAGAGCUAGAGCAGAGUGAGUCCAGAGAGAGAGAAAGUGGGUGCAAUGGGCAGUGUGAAGGUUCAAUGCUUGGUGGCUGUGCUCGUGGCCAUGGUGCUUGUUGCCGAUGGGGCGGUGUCUUGCAACAGUGUCUUCUCCUAUCUCGGUCCCUGUGUACCUUACUUGAGAGGCGGAGGCAAGGUGCCAACGGCUUGCUGCGGCGGGAUUAAGUCUGUGAAUGGGAUGGCUAAGACGACGCCGGACAGACGGGCGGUUUGCGGUUGCUUGAAGCAGGCAGUUGCGGGGAUCAGUGGGAUAAACUACAGCCUGGCGCAAGGGCUUCCUAAGGCCUGUGGAGUUAGUAUCCCUUACACUCUCUCUCCUAGCACCGAUUGCAGCAAGAUCAAGUGAGUGUGCGAGCAUGCAGUUUUACUACAAAUACCAAUAAGAAUGAUCAUCCAUGGAUGUCUCGACUCUUUGAGUGUCUUUUCCGGUUUUUGCUCUUUUUUCUUCCCUCUUGUUUGUAUCUUUGUACCUCCUUUAUCCUAUAAAUAGAUGUGGUAUUUUAUAGAUUGAUAUAGUAUUGAGGCUA